AUGGAUUAUUCAAACAGGGUUAAUUCCAAGAAAGGAGCAGGUGGUAUAGCAAGUGCUGAAGACCAGAAUGUUCACAGCAAGAAGCGAGUACAGGAGCUUUUAGCUACUCAUAUUCUUGAUAUUGAUAACGAUCCAUAUGUUUUUCGAAAUCACCUUGGUAUAUUGGAAUGCAAGUUGUGUUUGACAACCCACAAUAAUGAAUCAUCUUAUAUAUCACACUUGGGUGGGAGAAAGCACCAUUUGAAUUUAGAGCGGAGGCGAAUACUAGAUGAGAAGCUGCGUCAGCAACAGGAGUACCAACAGAGAGUCCAAGAUCAAGUAAGCAUAAGUAAUGUGGAAAAGAGACAUUGGAAGAAGAUAGGGAAACCCGAGUACAAAGUUGUCAAAGUAAGAGACCCCAAGACGCUCCAACUUGGUAUAUUGAUCACAGUCAAGUAUCCAAAUAUAUCAGUCGACGAGCCAUUCUUUAGAUUGAUGUCCUACUUUGAGUUAACCUCAAAGAACCAAAACGCGAGUAUGAAGUUUGUUCAAAAUCAAAAUCAAGACGGGGAUGAUGAGGAUGCUGAGGAUGCUGAAGAUGAUUUAGAGCCCAGCGAUGUACAAUAUCUUGUACUUUCGGCAGAACCUUAUGAUAACAUUGCAAUAAUAAUACCCAAUAAAAAUGAAAUUGAUAAACCUCAAGAAGAAGAUAAAAUGUCAGACACGUACUGGUGGUUUUGGGAUAACGAUACAAAGGAGUUUUUCUUACAACUAAUGUACAAGUCUUGA